CCCUGGUUCGAGUGACGAGAACGCGAGUGGCUGUGGCGAUGAGGCUCCAUUCUCGAGAGAGCCGAGGUAGGGGCUGCUCCUGAGGGCGAGAGUCACCUGGUUGCGGAAUGUUUCUGCGCUGCGUGGGAAUGUGAGUGAGUGCGUGUUUCCGGACUCGCGAGGAGGAGUGAUGCGGUGGUUUGCAGCGCGGCCUUGCGAUUCCUGAAGGUGCUGCAGGCUGCAGUCGUGUCUAGGGUUGCUGUUUUUGGUAGCUAGUUGGUGCACUUUGGCUCCAUUGCUACUUGCAUUGAACCUUUGGCUAUGCUCUGGCGCACAGCCAAGCUGCCUAAUGUUAAGUAGUGGUUUGGCGCGUGGAGAUUGAGUCGGUGUGAGCUGCUGACUUGAGUGACGGAUGCUUUGUUACCUGUCAGCUUUGGUAUCAAGCAGUUUUCGCUUGUGUCAAGUCUGGAGAAUGCUAGAGUUAGCUUGUGUGUGUGUGUUUCUGUAUUGAGUAUAAUUUGAGAACAUACCUGGCGUUUCUCUAACACCUCGUACCGGCGUUUGCCUUACACAUCAGUUUUUUUUUCCUUCCCUCUGUAAGCUCUGCAUUGUAGCUGAUGUAGAUUUCGAGUAUUACACUGCCAAUCAUUAUUGGUGACACGACUUAGUCACCGAGUUUGUUCUCGCGAAUCGAGUAGUAGAAGUUGCCACUUUUUAUUUCCACUUUCUGUUGCCACUGUGUAUAGUACUGAUAUCAAGUUGAAGAAAUCAUGAGGAGGGGUAAUCUCAUUGAGCGGAAUCGUGACCACCGCGAGUUCGGGAUGCAACAACCCAUCGCAUCUCUGGAGACAGGAAUUCUGGAGCAAAGUCCAGUGUCAAGGAAUUUUGGUAUGACCACUCGCAAACUCCGGUUCACUAGUUCAUUCAGCAGGGGAAGUCCAGCAGAAGUCACCGUGGAGGGUAUCUGCUCUCGAGUAUAUGGAGAUCACAGCACGUUGCAGAGAGCACUUUCAGAAGAUUUGAAGCUCGUAUUAUCUGAGAGAGAAUCAAAUCGAAGGGCUCCCCUAAGAAAUUCCAACGGCAUGCAAGAGAGUAUUGCAAACAUGGCCGGUGCUAGAGAUUACGUAUUGCGAACUUUGCAGAGUAGUUUGUACUCGACAUUGCCUGCGAAGGAGGGACCGAAGGUAACGCUGGAGAUCUACGAAGAUCCCCCUGAGGGAGUCGUAAGUGCUCACAGCUUGAUGAAUGAGUCUGAAUUGGAUUUUUCUUCUCCUGUCCUGCGGAAGAUAGCACCUGGAGUAGAUAUGAAAGAACCAUGUGAGGGUCUUGGCAAGGAUGAUCGUGGUAAGGAGAAUCGGGAUCCCAACGGCAACUGGGAUGGCAGGAAGAGCUCCAGUCCCUUGCCUGAGUGGUAUACUAGAAAACCCCUGCAAGACAUCACCAAUGUACUCGCCGCUGUACAGGGCGACGAGCAACACCCAAAACUUAAAGAGAAAGUAAAGAAGAAAGCGAUCUCCGCAGUGGCCCCUUCAUUCUCAACACUUGCUGAGCCUCCAACAAAGAGGAAAGAUUCAUUAAUUACUCAGUCUAAGUGCUCCACCUUCGCAACUCCAAAGCAGUUUUCCAAUCUUGGGAAGAAUUUCCGAUAACCUUCAUUUUUUCGUCCCGAAGUCCAUUUAUUGUAUUUGUUACACUCUCAAACACCGAAUGAAACUGUGUGCGGAUAUUCACUUCCCGUAUCAUAUCAGGAUGCAGGUGAGGGAUGUGCUCUUGAUCGAUGCCUCUUCCUUCCUGCUAGUUGGUUCGGAGGCUUGUUUAGACUUCGUACGUUUGUACCCACAUCCAACUUUGGCAUUCAUUCACGUCGAUGUUGUCCAUAUCAAUAAAGCCAACUGCGUACCACUUAAGCAGCUUCAAACUG